AUGUGGUCUGCGCAACUAUCGUUUUUGGAUAGUGGUAUUAACCCCAGAGGAACUGCAUCUAACGUUUCUGGAGACCACCCAACCGAAACCUCAGAAAAUUCGGAUAUGCCAGCGACAGCGACGUUCGUCGAGCACGAAUCCUUAGAAUCUUCGAAUCCAAUAUCGACUUUUCGACUAUCAUCGAACGAACCAAUUGAAACACCCCGCCGGGUCAAAAAAAAGACUAGAGAGCCAGAUGAGCCAGAUGUCGACAACAUGAUUAAAAGCUACUUGGAAAAGAAAAAAACGAGGCACGACGAUGUCGACUAUUUAUUUUUAAGCUACGCACAAACGUUCAAAAAAUUAUCGCAGCGAAAACAAGCUAUGCUAAAAGUAGAUUUAACUAAAUUAUAUUGA